GACUUUGAUAGUUCACUACAGCCGAAACCGGUGAUGCACGACACGCCGCCUGAUUGCGCGCAUCGGAGAGAAACGUCAGCGCGAAGACAUCAGACCACGAGGGACCGAGCCGAUUGUCCGAAUGACGAACGCACUUCCAACCUUGACGAGCAGCCACUAGCCUGCGACCGACCCGAACGAAUGGCACAUACCAGCAGCAUCUACCUGCGGUGACGUUGGGGAUGAGCGCAACGGCCGCCAGGGUCUCGGCCUCAAGCGGUCGUGGCCUUUGGGUGUCCAAUGAGGUCCUCGGCCAGACCUUGUCUCGCCUCACUGGAUCGCGAACCAUACGUUCACCAAGGACACCGGUGUCUCCCAGCAGAGUCCUCUCUCUACGCUUGCGAUCCAAGACAGAGGCACAAAAACGUCGCUAUGCGCGUAUCGUACACGGCAUGGCCCGCCAGCGAAACGAACGGCUACCUCUGGUAACGCUACAGGCACUCCUGCGAAAACAGCUUCGGGAAGGCGAGCAAAACGCCCAGUUGGCCGAAGCCGUUGGCUCUGCAGAUUCUCCAGAGUGGAGGGACCGUAUCCAGAGUCUGAAGGCACGCGGCUACGCAGAGCGUGACAUCAACUUCUGGGUAUGGAUUGUAUCUGGCAAAGACGGCGACAACCGUGUGGAGCGAUUUCUGUGCUCGCACGAAGUGCAGCCGACAUUCUUGCUCUUACUGCUCGUAAGGAGUGACGAGAGAUUUCGGGAUCCUCGAUCGCUGCUUAAGCUGAUGGAGUAUGUCCGCAAAAAGGUGCUGCAGGACCGCACACGACAUACGUCUACGCAACAAUCUCGACCGAAACAUAUCCUCACGGUUCCGCAAUUGCUCGUCUUCAUCAGGCGCCUUGUCGUCCACAUACAGCGGCUUUGGCCAAUGUCCAUUGUGACUGUUGCACGAUUUGUGGCGGACUGUAUCAGAGCGCUACCGCCUGGGGAACGCAAAACAUACGAGGAGCGAUGUAAGAUCUUUAACACAGCACUAUGGGUGUUCAAAAAGCCAGCUUCAACGCAUCCUGUGCGGAAUAUGGAGUUCAACUGGAGGGCCCAAAAGAUUCUUCUGGCAAUGUCAGAUAGCUUCAAACGACCUCUGGCAAUCAACAGAGAAAGCUACCGAGCCAUGCGCCAGGUGAUGGUAGGCCUGAAGCGAUCGUCAGCAGAAAAAGCAGUCGCUACUAGAUAUACCAAGUCUUGGCCUCCAUAUCGGCAAGAUUUUGAUGGUCGCGACGCCAAGAGGACUCCUCAAGACGACCGGUCUCGGAGUUUCAGAGCUGGCUUGCUUAUGCACGAAGCAGGAUACGACAAAGACGACUAUGACCGUGCACUCGACGUACUUGGUGGCAUCGCUGGGGACUCACCUACGAUCCAGACUCGAAGCUUGGCUCCUAAAGAGUGGCAAGGCGCAAGAGAGAGAGAGAACCAGUAUUCAUAUUGGGCCAUGAAAGUCCGCGCGACGCGCAAUGCCCAUGAAGCAUGGUCGGCAUUCAGGUCCUGUCCCGAGGCCAACAUCCAAGUAUACGCGGAGAUGUUCCUGAAGCUGAAGGCGCCCAUCGCUAGAUCGGAGUUUGAGCAUCUUCCGGGCAGUUCGCGCGAGGUAUUGGCUAUGCACGAUGCCAACUACAGCGAGUUUGAGCUGGCUAGGCAGAUGCCUCCGACCGUGCAGCAGCUAUACGACCAGAUGAUUGCCCGAGGUAUUCGGCCUGAGGGUCAUUGUCUCAACAAACUGGUCAGUGAGGCUCGAUCUCUGAAUGAGGCGGAAAGAUAUCUGAAAGACAGCGGUCUGCGGGAAAGCAGUAUCAGCUUGCUCAAGUCCGAAGGAGAGAUCUCCCAUCAGGCACUUCGCAGCAUCCCACUGCAGUUGUUCGCAAGCUAUAUCCAGCUGCUCUGUAACUUACAGCCUCGUCAAGAGAGAGGCAAAACGUUUGAGCGAGAUGAGCUCUUCUUUAUCAACAAUGCCAUCAAGCUGGCUCGCACCAGACUCACAGCAGCAACAACAGAGGGCGUCACUUUCCGGCCGCCGUGGUAUGCCAUUUGCUCGACGCUGGCUGCAGAGAACUUGCGACUGCACCGCAGGACUCCAACGACUAGCUACGAUAACGAGGCGCUCAUGAUGCAAAUGGAAGUGCUUCAGCACGUAACGGAGACGGUUGGCAUUGAUCCACAGCUCUUUAUGCAUUACUGCCAGACUGUGCAGAAGGCGGCAUUGACUUCACUCAGGCGUCUCCAGAGAGCGGCCGAGCUGGAUCCGGAAGCCGCCCAGGCCAUUACUAGAGAGCGCAUUAUUUCACCAGACACUCGUGCAAUUGACGUGGCCAAGGCGAUGUUCCGCGAGCUCAGCAAGCCAAUUGAGUUCGCAGAUGAGCAAAACUCGGCAUACGACAGCCCAAAGUUCCUGCACGUGUUGGGACCGGCGCAUCUCCAUACAUACAUGCGCACUCUCGCAUUUUUGGAGGAUCCGGACGCGAUGGUGGCUCUGCUCGAGUGGAUUUUCGAGAACGAACAAUCUGUCAGCGAAGAGUGCGAAAGAGUAGGGCGCCGAGGGGGGGCUUUGAUUGCACGAACUUUCUGUGCGUUUCAAGCCUUUGCGGAUCCCUUCGUCGCUGCACAGAAACGUGCUAUGCUCGACGAGAAAAUGCAAGCCUCUUCUGCUUGGGCGUGGCCAACACCUGAACAAGUCGAGACUUAUAUCGCGGCUGAUACCCGUCGUGCUUCGCCACGACUGCGGCACUGGGUUAUGAUGAAAUCCCAAGAGUCUCCUGCUGCGUCGCAAGAGCCCAAAGUCGGAGAAUGCCUCGAUGAGCACUGAGGAUUUCACUGAGUAGACGCCUCUGAUUCAUGUAUAAACACAACGACAACCUGUAAAACAGUCUAUAUAGAUGAGAUGACAAGAUACCCGGCUCCCUCGGGAGCCACGCUUUGCAACA